CACUUCCUGACCAGUAAUCUGCCUGGGAGCAGCAGAUACAUUCUCAUUGUUUGCCAUUUCCAGUUUCCAGUAAUGGGAACGAUUACUUGAUGCAGCCAGUUUCUGCUGAAGAUCUGGGAAAACAUACAAAUUUUAAUGGCAAAUUUUUAUCAGUUUCCAUAAAAGAACUAGGGAAAAAAACGUAACGUGGUUUUGGUACCUGGAGGCAUCACCUCUGAUAAUGAAUAUUGCUUUAUUUUGGAAUUAAAGUGUCUGUUCUUCAGGAACGAGAUGUAUCUUGCUCUGCUGGUGAUUUUGUUGCAGUGCUCAGAAGUUUAUGCUCAGGGGAAAGUUUUUACUUUCAACAGAGUUGAAAUCAGGGUUCAGCCAUCUGUCAAAGUGAAGAAUGGAGCUCCAAUGUCAAUCAGCUGCCAUGCUGAUAUUAGCAAAAAUACUGAUUUCCAGCUGAAGCAUAAUUUUACAAUUUUUAAGGAUGGGAAGCUUGUGUUUAUGACCGUAUCAGACAAAGAAGAUGCAUGGUAUGAAAUACCUGUAGCCAGAUCUUCAGAUACAGGAGACUAUGAAUGUACUGUGAAAGCAGAUGGAAAGCUGGGUUUCAGUAGCUCCAUCUAUGUUUGGGUAGCAGGAAUGACCAAGCCAAUCCUGACUGCAGACAAAAAAGAAGUUAUAGAGGGUGAAGUUGUGAAAUUACGUUGUGAGCUGCCAGAAGAAGUACCUCCUUUGGAGUUCUUUUUCCGGAAGAUAAAGACAAAUUCAGCACCUAAGGAAAAACGUGUACCUGAACAAAACCAAAAUUUUUCUGAAGUGGAAUAUUAUGUUGAAGAGGGAGAUAAUAUUUUACAAUUUGAUUGCUUUGGCAAGAGACAAGUAAGAUCUGGAUGGGAAACCUCACAACACAGCAACAGAACACUUGUUACAGUCAAGGAACCAUUUAUAAAGCCCACUCUGAUCACCAAGCCCUCCAAUAAUGUUACAGAGGGAGACCAAAUAGAAUUUGAAUGCUCAACUGUGGUAGCUCAGAUUCGUGACAUUGAAAUCAUCUUCCAGAAAAACAGAACAAUACUAAACAGUGUACGAGAUAAGAAAUUUUUGAAAUACUCUACAGUAGCUACUCAAGAGGACAGUGGUGAAUACCUGUGUAAGGUGGAGCAAGGAGCGGUGUCUAAAACCACCAAACUGAAUGUCUUUGUGUCAGAAUUAUUCUCCAGGCCAACGCUGUCUGCUUCUAUGACUAAGUUGGAUGAAAGUAAAGAUUUGAUUUUGAGUUGCAACGUUAAUGGUGUUCGGAAAGCCAACUUCUCUAUAUUACGGAAAAGUCCCAGUGGAGAUGUCGUGUUGAAAAAUUCUAGAGUCUUACCAAUUAAAGUUAGUGUGAAUGAUACUGGAUUUUACACCUGCAAAGCUGAAGUAAAAGGAAUAGUCAAGGAGAGCGAAUCUGUAAGGAUAAAUGUUUAUGCUCCAGUCUCCAAGCCAACUCUUUCUGUUGUCAGUGGUUCACCAGAGGUGGUAUUAGGGAAGCCUCUACAAUUAAUCUGUCAUUCAGUGAUGGGAACACCACCGAUAACAUUCACAUUCUACAAAGGGGAUGAAAUUAAGAAAAAUGUAACUAAUGACACAUAUGCUACAUUCUUGGAUGAAGAUAUUGGGCUAAAUGACAAUGGAGGAUACAAAUGUGAUGCUAGAAACAAUCACUCCAGUGGUGUGAAAACUAGCAACAUUCUAAAUGUCACAGUGAUAGUGCCAAUCAGGGGUGCCAGUUUGGGCAGUAUUCCGUAUGGAGAAGUAGAAGUUGGCAGUGAUACUGCUUUCCUCUGCUCUGUAAAAGAAGGAUCUUUGCCAAUUGACUUCAAGUUUUUUAAAAAAACUGAUCGUGAAGUUCUUCUACAUGAAGUAAGGGAAUAUUCAGACAGAACCAUAUGGCACAAGAAAACAAUGAAGAGGAGGGACACAGGGACUUACUAUUGCAUGGCUUCGAACCGAGCCAGCGUGGAUGUGAGGAGCCGUCCAAUAACCAUCAGUGUCAUCUUAGCAGCUUGGCAGAAAGGAGUCAUUGCUGCAUUUGUCCUAACAGCCAUGGCAGGAGCAGGAGCAGUCGCUUUGUGGUGGUUUUUGCGUAAGAAGAAAAAGGCUAAAGGGCCAUCCAUGGAGAUGUCUGGUUCUCCCUUGGCUCCAAACUUGACAAGUGAAAAACUAACAAGACAGCCUAGUGAUGGAAACUACUAUUCAGGAUCAGGUUACAUUGAAGAUAAUGAAAACCACAUGAAAUCAACAGAUGAGAAUAAAGGACCUGACCUUGAGAGUGCUGAGGUGGAUUACACUGAAGUUGAAGUCUCCACGCUUGAUCCUCACAGAGCUCCUGAACAGAAGGGGACUGAAACAGUUUAUAGUGAAAUCAGAAAAACUAAUAAUGAUUCUAUGGAAAACAGGAAUUCUCAGAGAAUAUAUGGGCAUCCUGAUGCUACCUAGAAGAGUCACCUCAAAGAUCAGCUGGGAGAAGAAAACAAGCCAAGAUGGAAGAUGUUGAAAGUAUUUCAAAGGCUUUGCAGCAGUUAUUUAUGAGUUUGCCAGACUCGUCUUUUCAAAGUUUAUUUCCUUAGGAGGAACAAUAGAGAUGUUCCCAAAGCAUUUAAUGGAAAAAAAUUAGGAAUAAAAUUCUCAUAGGAAAGUGGCUCUAGAAACCACUGACCCAGGUUCUCAUCUGUAAUUUCUCCUGCUAAUGCAAUUGUGCCUUUUUUGCCUCCAAUUCAUCAUGCUCAAUGGAAACAAAGGGGGAGCUACAGCUGAGGAAGUACAUUUCUACAAUGCAGCAACUACUGUGAUAACAGUAGGACAUUGAAAUAUCUAAGCUUGCUUUAAACUCACAAAGCUGGUUAUCAGUGCCACCACUGUGGCAGAACAGAGCUCAGCACAGCCUGGCCAGCCAGGCAUGUACCUUGACAUGAUCUUGCAGCUUGUGCUGAGCUCCCUGUGCUGCAGCAGCUGGACUGCUACCAGGCUUGGAGCCAGCUCAGUUAUAGCUCACGGGGAUGUGACACUGCAGGGAGGGCCUGAGGGAAGAGUGAGCUCCAGGCUCCCUAAAAACUUGAAUAACUGUCAGAGAUUCAGCUUCACCAAGUGCUUCUAUCAGAGGCACAGUCUUUAUUCUUAGCUAAAUUUUUUUUCCCCUUUAAAAGUUCUGAUGCUUGUUGGUAAAUUUGAUGUGAUAGUUCUUCAAGAAAUGAUUGUCCAUCACAGUUAUUUUGGCUGAUUCUAUGAUAAGUCUUCAUUGAGUGGAUAUAACACACCCAGGUCUGCAAGUUUGUACCUGAAAAUGCUGUUAUGUACAAUCCUUAUUCCUUUGAUUUUAGGGAAAGAUCUGAAGUUGUACUUGUGCCCAGUUUCUCCAGUAUGGAAUUCCAUACCCAUCCUUUUUCUCUAUAGAAUGAUAAACCACUAACACAGAUCUAGUUUGGACACAGGUCUAAUCCUGCAGCCCAUGUUUUUGUUGGCUGCAUUAGUUUAAAAAAAGAACACAAAUCAAGAGAACAAAAAUACUGUCCCCAACCCCUUAACCAGCUGUGUUUUGACAUUGCAGUUGCUCUUUUUUUCUUACUUCAAAUUAAAUUCCUGCAACAUCUGAGUCACAGGUAAGAAGGUUCUCAUUUUAAUUACAAAAUAGUGAAAAAGAGGCCAUGGGUUUGUAUAUAUUUAUAUAGUUACUGCUUUAAGCGUUGCAUCAAAGGUGCAAAACCAGCAAGAAACACAAAAGGGUUUUAUAUCCUCCAUUCCAAAUGUUUAAAAUUUCAAGCUGAAAAAAAUACUGAUUAAUAUCUCUAAUUUGUUGUUCCCUGUGUAAGUUUGUGCACAUUGUGCAUUUUAUUUUUCCCUGUGUUUGUAUCAUGAGCCUAUCACAACUGACUUCAUAGCUCUCUUCUGUUGACAAAUGUUCUUUCAGCAUCCCAUGAGUGUCCAUGCAAAUGCGUUAGUAUAAGAAAUGUGAAAAGGUAUUUUAAUAAAGAAAACUCUGAAUUGAACUUUGGACUGGAUCUUGCACAUUCAAUUGCAAUUGAAUGCCUGUGAAGUUUUUUAUUCAUGAUGAGCCACAGAUCUAUCGUAUGGAUUGGCAUUUGGAAGAUGCCCUCUCUGCCACAGAUUCCAGGUUCUUAUAUCUGGAGUCAGGAACCCAUUUAACAGCAGAUAACAAAAGUAUUUCAGAGUAUGGGACAAUAAUUAGCAGACAUCACCAGUGAAGAGAAGGUAAAUGGGCCCAUGAGCAAACAACUACACAAGGAGUCCUGAUAUGAGCAUGUGCCAAACAAGCCUCAUGAUCCCAUUGGAAAUAUUUGGGAAGAGAUAAAAGGAGAUCUUGGCAUGAAGGUUCAUUACAGUGAAGAAAGAAAAUUAAAAGAAGAUGAAAUGAGGGACAGAGGGGAAUGAGAAGGGCUGGUAGAGAGAAAUCCUCCAGACUGUGGAAGGUUUGGAAGAAACAACCCAUCAGUCCAGUCACCUUAACAGCUUCACACUUCAUGGUGUUGGUGCUGCUCUGGGGAGUGUGCUUGACAGAAUCAGCACUGUGGAGGUGGCUUGUCCCAAACUUUCCUGUGUUUAUCAUUGUCGGGUGACCACUAGGAGAAGCAGAAAAUAUAUGUGUUAACAAAAAGUCCAGUUGCAGGUAAUGGCACCACUGACCCAGGUUUCUGCUGCUCCCAGUGUGUCAGUCCUGGAUGGGGAUGUGGGGUCCUAAGGCACUAAGGCACCUGUGUGAUGCACCAGCCUGGGAAUGUGUGCUUCAAAAGAAAAUAUCCUAUUACACUGUUAUUCAGAUGUUAUAAUCCAAGCCCUGCUGAGUGCUUGCAGAGGAGCUGUGACUGCUGAAAUCACCUGUUUCCACAAAGCACUGUCAGCGCUGCGUAGGGAGAGCUUGGCUUUAAAUCCUCUGCACUGCCUUGUUUAUUUAUAUUUUAACUACAUGCAGAGCCAAGUCUCCACUGUGACUGACACAAUUUCACUUUGCAAAUCAAUGAGACAGCACUACAAGGGCAGAAGAGUCUUUCCUGAGAACUUGUGUUGUUCAGAGCCCUGAGUGAGUGCAGUCCUUACAGAAUUAACCUGAGCCAAACUCCUGAGCUCCCUGGGGCUCUCACCACCCUCCCAGCACAGUGGGACCUUCUGGAGUGGUUCAAGCACCAACCAGCUGGGAAACUCUGCCUUGUGUGGGGAGAAGUGCUCCCAAGGCAGUGACAAAGAGGGCUGCUGGUCUGUCCCAGGAGCAGAGGAGACAGAGAAGUUGACAAAGAUGGGACAAAGAUGAGAGCUUUGUCUUAAGUGGGCUGAAUCAUGGUAUUACUGGAAGGGGUGAACUUGGCAUCUGUUUGAUAAUAGGCUGUGAAAGUGUAAGAGGAGAAAAAAUUGUCAACUCUAUUAAGAUGUGGUCAGAGUGUAAGUCAAUUAAUGAAAAUUACAGCCACGAAGGUUAUUAAAUUAACAUGAGAUUGUCAAUAGGAAAUAUAGAUUGCUUUUGAAUAAUUUGAAAUUAUUUAAAGCAUGAUAAAAAUCUCACAGUCUCCCAUAAUGCAGAGCUUAGGUUUCAUUUUAUUACUGUUUUGAGUUUUUAAAAUAUUUUUGUUUCAACUUUGUGCUGAUUAAAGGAACAGGAGUUUUAAAGAGCAUUCUUACUAGGAAUGCUGAGAGCUGCAGUAGCUGUUAGGAGGCAGAAGCUCAGGGGUGGUUGGAGGUGAGCUGUGAUUCUGCAGUGUGAUCCACAGUAGAGCUGGAAACACAGAAAGCCAAGGAUGUCUGAAUGCAGUCCUUGCACACAAAGUGAUGGAUCACAUUUUCUAGGCACUUCCUCAGGGCUGCAAGAACCACUCUGAAUGGGCUUAGGGCACACAUUGGCACUGUGGAAAAACUGGUUCCACCUGUGAAUGCUGGGGCUGAAAUAGCCUCCAGAUAAUCUGUCCACCCUGGCCGGGAGCUGGGGAACUUCAGGCAGCAGAGAGGGGAAAUUCGCAGCUUCUGGAGAGAGAUUCAUGUUCCUCCCAGGGAGCUUGGGGACCAGUUGAUCUCUGCAGAAGGAUGGUAUGUUCAGCAUGACUGAAGGUAUUAGCUGGCUCAGCCCUGGAGCCUCAGAACAUUGUGUACACUGCGGAAAUCCAGUUUAGUCAUGGCUGGAGGGAGGUAAGGGCGGGCUAGAAACAACCUGACACACACCUGUGCUUUGUCAAACAAGAAACCCUGAAAGGGGUGUCUUUAAGUAUCAUUUCCUCUUCCUUUUUUUUUUAUUUUUUUUUUUUAAUUGAAGCUGAUCUCUUCCCACUGAGUUGCUUCCUUUCUGGCUGUUCCAGAAUGAAUCACACAGCCCUACAUGUCUGUCUGUAUUCCCAAGGGGACCGUGGAAAGUUAACCUGACUAAUGUCCCCUGCAAGGAGAAAAUGAUAAUUGAUGCUUUUUAAUUACAAGUUUCCUGCAUUAUGGUCUAGUUUUUCAGCUUAUAAUCAUUAACAGUAUAAUAGAGACUUAAGUAAAUUGUUGCCUUUUCCUCUUUUGUAGCAUAUGUAGGUCAGAUUUUCAUGUGUAAGAGUUAUUAUCUCUGACACACUAAUGAGUGCACUGAGUGCUGACAAAGGUCACAUCUGUGUUUUCUUCAUUGCAUACAAACAUUGAGAGGGCUGUGUGCUCCUCAUGGCUGUGUCUUCUAGAGUCAUUUCACUGGUCCAAAAUCACUGGCUGCUUUCCACAAAGCACAAAUCACAACUUUACUCCUGCUUUGUACUUCUGUCAGUGAAAGAUGAGGCUGAGGGCAGAGGAGCGUCAGCAUCAUCAUGUCCCCAGAACAUGUCCCCUUCAUGCAUCCUUGGCUUUUCAAGCUCUGUGCACUUGCAGUCAAAGGAAUAAAGUUGCUGCCUUUCCAUGAGGAAAUGAAUGGAGCUUUUAUGUCCCGUCUUUGACCAAAGCACUUAAAAGGUUUUGUGCCCAGCAGAUUGUUUCUAAUAGCAGGGAAAAUUGAUCACUCAGGUACUUUGAUGCAGCCCUUCUAUUUACAAAGAAAGUACAAAAUUCCGUUUCCUCUAAAAUCAGAGGAAUCAGACAAUAUUCUCUUUCUCUGCAUGCAAUUUCAAUCCUUUUAGCCAGCACUUAUCCAGAAGCACUUUUUUAUUCUCAAGGUCGUUUUUGUAGGUUUCAUCUGGUUCUGCCUGGUUUGGAGAGAAGUCUGCUCCUGUAGGAGUUGGGAGCUCCCUGUCACCCCAAGCACUGCCCUCCUCUCUGCAUCUUCCAAGCCUAUGUUUUACAGCUGGCAGAAACCUUGAAUGCAACAGCUUCUCCUCCAGAUUUGCCCUUUUGCUUUCUUAGGGUGGCUGUUCCUCUUUCAGCUGCCUGCUUGUGUAUGAGAACUUGGCUGUUUCUUAUGCAAAAGAAGAUCAAGUGAAAGGCAACAUUAAACCUGUUUGGGUCUCAUAAGCUUUUGCCUGAAGUCUGUCGUCAGUUGGGGUUACACACUCAGCAUGUGGCAUUGUACUGAUGCCAAGUAAGACCUUUGCACACUUAGUGACAAGGAGCAGUGAUGGGAUUGGGGCAAGAUGAGGUUCUCAUUGCCCAAGUGUUUUUACUCCAUACUCCCCUUCCAACUAGAGAGAAAUACCUCUUUGACCAACGAGCAGGAUGCAUUGCUAAUGCCCAUUUAGAUUUCUCUGUAUUCCUUGCCCUAUUUAUUGUAUUUAACCUUGGAUUUAUUUGUAGAGAACUGCUCAGAGAGUCUUGUUUAACAGAGGAAGAAACCAGAAGAAAGCCUGGACAUGGUGUGUUUUCUUGCAAUAUUGCCCUGGACUGUUUCCAGUCUGUUAAUGGAUGAACACUGACAUCUAAACCAUCCCCAGGGGAGGUUCAAGAUCCAUCUGACUUCAGUAAGAGGUUCCUAAAUAGCUGUAACAAGCCCAUACUUCAAGAGAAAUAAAUUUUGCUAUUUUUAAAACA